AUGACAAGAAGCAUCGGGAGAUCUCAAAUACCAUCCGGGAGCUUCAGCGAAAUCAAACUAACAAGGUCUGGCACUAAUGAUCUUGUGGUUACAGCUUUUGGUGGAGAUAGAGUGAUAAGCCUUCUACGCACAAUUGAGAGAUAUCAUCAGAGAUUCCAAAGCCCUCCAAUUGGUCCAAUUGGUGCUCAUUUGACUUUGAAUAAUGGCGAUGUCUGGGCUCUUGCUGUUGAACAUGCCAUUGGAAGGUUGCUCAAUGCUUUCAUUGUGACAAAUCAUAAAGACUCGCUUCUUCUAAGAACAUGUGCAAGGGAAGCAAACUACAGUGACCUUCAGAUUAUUAUAUAUGACUUUUCAUUACCAAGGUUAAAUAUACCGCCUCACAUGCUUCCACAGACAAGGCACCCAACUACUCUUUCUCUUCUUCAUUCUGAAAUUCAUACUGUUUUAAACGUGUUGGUAGAUAUGGGAAAUGUUGAAAGGCAAGUUCUCGUGAGAGAUUAUGAUGCGGGAAAAGCAAUUGUAUUUGACCAGAGGGUUUCAAAUUUGAAGGAGGUUUACACCUUAGAUGGCAGUAGGAUGUUUUCUCGUGGUUCUGUCCAGACAGUUCUUCCUCCCAAUAAGCGAGUUAGAACUGGUCGUCUCUGUAGUUCUUAUGAUGAUCAAAUUAAUGAGCUUAAAAGACAAGUAUUAAGUGUACAAGAAGAAGCUCAGCAGUGCAGAAGGAGGAAAAGGGAUGUAGAGGAAAAACUUCAGGAUCUUCAAGAGAAUCUCCGAAAUGUGAAGAGGAGAUGUGCAAAUGUGGACCGUGAUUUGACAUCUAAGAGACUAGCAAUUCAAGAUUUUGACAAUGCAUAUGCUGCUGAAGCUGGUACAUCACCUGCAUCAACUGUUGAUGAGCUGUAUCAAGAAAUUUCGAAAGUCCAAGUGGAGAUUCAAGAAAGGAAAAUGUCACUGGAAACAUUUCGAGUCAGAAUUGGUGAAGCUGAGGCAAAGACCAAUAAUCUUAAAGCAUCAUUUGAGAAUCUAUCUGGUAUGGUAACGCUGUUCAACUUUCAUAUUAGGUUCCACAGCAGAUUCUUCCCAUCUUACUUGAUCUUUGCGUCCAAUAAACCAACAGAGUCAGCAAAAGGUGACAUUGAUGCCUUUGAGGAAGCAGAGAGAGAAAUGAUGGAGAUUGAACAAAAUCUAUGUUCUGCAGAAGAGGAGAAAGCUCAUUAUGAAGGUGUAAUGAAGAACAGGGUACUUAAGGAUAUCCAAGAUGCAGAAAAACACCAUCAGGAGCUUGAGAAUCUCCGCGAGGAGAGUUCUAGGAAGGCUUCUAUCCUUUGUCCAGAGAGUGAAAUUAUAGCAUUAGGUGAUUGGGAUGGUAGCACUCCUGAACAACUCAGUGCUCAAGUAACCAGGCUGAAUCAGAGGUUUGAGCGAGAGAGUCAGAGAUAUACCGAAUCAAUUGAUGAGCUCCGAAUGUCAUAUGAGAAAAAGGAACUUUGUGGAAGUAGACUGUUGAAAAAAUACUUCCUGGUUCAUGUCUUGCUUAAAGGAGCCUUUUUGCUUAGGCAUUGCUCAAGAAAGUCAUGCCGCAAAGCCCUUGAUUUGCGACGGAGCAAGUUUCAAAGAAAUGCAGAUUAUUUAAAGCGCCAGCUGACCUGGCAAUUCAAUACCCAUCUGAGAAAGAAAGGGAUUAGCGGACAGAUUAAAGUAAAGAUGCCCCAGGAUGCAACAAGCAGCACUGUUCGUGACACUAGAGGGCUUUCAGGUGGGGAACGCUCUUUUUCAACAUUGUGCUUUGCAUUGGCUCUUCAUGACAUGACCGAAGCUCCAUUUAGAGCAAUGGAUGAGUUCGAUGUUUUUAUGGAUGCUGUAAGUCGGAAAAUCAGCCUAGACACUCUUGUUGAUUUUGCAUUGGCACAAGGAUCCCAAUGGAUACUUAUCACUCCUCAUGAUAUCAGUAUGGUGAAGAACGGGGAUAGGAUAAAGAAGCAGCAGAUGGCGGCUCCUCGUUCUUGA